CAUCCCUAUUAACCACCCGACCGGAUUUAAUGAGCCGUACCUCCAGGGGUUUAGGGUUUAAGCUUCUCAAUCGCUGAACUUAGGGAGGGAGCAACUAGCUAAAAAAUGGAAUUGCAAUCCGUCUGUGGCGGAAUUUCCUUUCCGAAGCUCGGAUACCAAACUCGCCACCACUCGACUAGUCGAAUUGGUUCUUCGUUCAUUCAAUUUGGGGCCAGAUAUGGGAGACCUCUAUUGGGCACCAUCUCGAACUCUGGUUCGAAGAAUGUAUUUAGGAGAAUUGAAUUGCGUGGCUUGAACAGAGGAAUUAUAUUGCGUGCUUCUAGCUCUAGUCAUCAUGCGGACGCCAAUUUGAAUCUUUCGGAGAAGAAAGGUUUUGGGCUGCCUGCUACUGGAACCUUUGAUGGUGGGUUUGAGCCAUUUCGGGGCAAAUCGGGUUCUGUAUCAUUCUGUGGAUUGACUCACCAGUCAGUGGAAGAAGGACGAUUGGUGUCAGCACCUUUCAAAGAGGACAAAGGUUCUUUCCUCUGGAUUUUAGGGCCGGUUGUCCUGAUUUCUUCUUUGAUCGUCCCCCAAUUCUUCCUUGGUUUCGCAAUCCAAGAACUCCUAAAGGAUGUUGUUCUUGUCGAGAUGGUGAGUUCACUGUCUUUUGAGGUAGGCUUCUACAUUGCUUUAGCAGCCUUUCUAAGCAUAACUGACCGAAUGCAAAGGCCUUACCUGGAAUUCAGUUCGAAAAGAUGGGGUCUAAUCACAGGCCUUAGAGGCUAUUUGACUUCAGCAUUCUUCACCAUGGGGUUUAAGGUCAUAGCACCACUACUUAUGGUAUAUGUCACCUGGCCCGUGCUUGGUGUGCCUGUGGCAGUUUCUGUUACUCCAUAUUUAGCUGGAUGCAUAGCCCAGCGAGUGUUUGAGGCCAAUCUGGAGAAGCGAGGUUCAUCUUGUUGGCCUAUAGUCCCUAUCAUUUUCGAGGUAUACAGACUAUUCCAAUUGACCAAGGCUGCUCAAUUCAUCCAGAAGCUGCUGUUCACAAUGCAAGGGAUCCCCGAAUCUCCUGAACUGAUCGAAAGAGUGAAGGCUUUGAUUUCAGUGGGUGUGGCCUUCCAGUUCCUUGGUGUGGUUUGUCUCUGGUCAUUGAUCACGUUUCUUAUGAGACUGUUUCCUUCUAGGCCUGUUGCUGAGAAUUAUUGAUUAUCCGUUCGCUAAACUCAAUUUCUUGGGUCUCUCUACAACUAGAUGAUGUAGAUUAGGGGUUUAGUAGUGCUGUUGCUUUGUUCUUGGUGGAGGAACCAGGCAUAGAUCAGUAGAGGGUUUCUGGACGAGCAAAGUAUAGUGCUUCAAAUGACAUUUGUGGUCAGCUCAUUUUAUUCGCAUUUUUUAAGUUUUAACUGUUGGUUCCAGGCUUCCAGCUUUGGCAUUGGGAUAUUGGGUUUAGCUGAAAUCAAAAUUUCAAGUUUGGCCUGAUACUCUUUAGAGCACAUGGUCAAUGGCUACUCAGAGUUCACAAAAUUGUGUCGAGUGUGAAGUUGACAAUGAGCUGGAUUGCAUAGCCCAUAACCUUGGGGGAUAGACACAGUUCGGUACAGAUCAUAGAUUGUGGUUUACCUUAUCAAAUUGUAGACCCAGUCGACUUCCAAUACAUGUUUGCAGCCCAC